GUUACUUCUUCUUGCUGCUGUCAAAAGGCGCCGAAUUAUUUGUACAGCGUCGUUGAUUGCAUUUCUUGCGAACUUUUUCAGAUUAGUUUCCUUUGUUAAUUUGUGAUUUUCCUCACCAAGCAACUAUUAAAAUCAUCAAGUGCAACAAUUUGGGAAGCUCCAAGCUAUGGCGGAUGUACUGGAAUAUAGCGACAUUACCGCCGAAGUGCGUGGCGUGUUGACACCCGGUCGCUUGAAGCUCACUGAUCAGCAUAUUAUUUUCAAAAAUAACAAAACUGGCAAAGUAGAGCAAAUCGCAGCCGAAGAUAUAGAGCUCAUAAAUUCGCAAAAAUUUGUUGGUAAUUGGGGUUUGCGUAUAUUCACAAAAAAUGGCACACUGCAUCGCUUCUGUGGCUUUCGCGAUUCGGAGCACGAGAAAUUGGGUAAAUUCUUGAAGAAAACCUACAAUCAGGAUAUGGUGGAAAAGGAGUUGUGUGUCAAAGGUUGGAAUUGGGGUACGGCACGUUUCCUUGGCUCAGCGCUCAGUUUUGACAAGGAUAGCAAGACUAUCUUUGAAAUACCACUGCAACACGUGUCUCAAUGUAUGACGGGUAAAAAUGAGGUAACAUUGGAGUUUCAUCAGAGCGAUGACGCACCAGUCGGUUUGUUGGAAAUGCGUUUCCACAUACCAGCUGUAGAGUCGGCUGAUGAAGAUCCAGUGGAGAGUUUCCAGAACAAUGUAAUGAGCAAGGCCUCGGUUAUAUCGGCCUCUGGCGAUGCUAUUGCUAUCUUCCGUGAAAUACACUGCCUUACACCGCGUGGUCGCUACGAUAUCAAGAUUUUCUCAACCUUCUUUCAAUUGCACGGUAAAACUUUUGAUUACAAAAUACCAAUGGAUUCGGUGCUGCGCCUCUUUUUAUUACCACAUAAAGAUAACAGGCAAAUGUUUCUCGUGCUUUCGUUGGAUCCACCAAUUAAACAAGGUCAGACGCGUUAUCACUUCUUAGUGCUGCUAUUUGGUCCAGAAGAAGAGACUUCAAUAGAGUUGCCGUUCACCGACGAAGAGUUGAAGGAAAAGUAUGAAGGAAAAAUCGAAAAAGAACUCUCUGGACCGUUGUAUGAAGUUAUGGGUAAAGUUAUGAAGGUGCUAAUUGGGCGUAAAAUCACAGGCCCUGGCAAUUUUAUUGGACAUUCUGGUACUGCUGCUAUCGGCUGUUCGUUCAAAGCCGCCGCUGGUUAUCUCUAUCCUCUUGAGCGGGGUUUUAUCUACAUCCAUAAGCCGCCCUUGCAUAUACGUUUUGAAGAAGUAGCAUCAGUGAACUUUGCGCGUAGCGGCGGUUCCACUCGCAGUUUUGAUUUUGAAAUAACAUUGAAAAACGGCACAGUGAACACAUUCAGCUCCAUCGAAAAGGAGGAGUACGCCAAACUUUUUGACUACAUACAACAGAAGAAAUUGCGCGUCAGCAAUAUUGGCAAGGAUAAAGGUGGUUCUGGUUACAAUGAUGUGGACUUUGGUGAUUCGGAUAACGAGAAUGAACCCGACGUUUAUUUGGCACGUGUGAAAGCCGAGGCUCGCGAAAAGGAAUCGGACGAUGAUGAAGGAUCUGAUGAAGAGUCAACAGAUGAGGACUUCAAGCCAAAUGAAGCAGAAUCAGAUGUGGCCGAAGAGUACGACAGCAAUGUGCAGAGCGAUAGCGAUGAUUCGGACGCGAGUGGUGGAGGCGGCGGUGGUGGUGGUAGUGACUCAGGCGCUGAAAAGAAGAAGAAAGCAAAAAAAGAGAAGAAGGAAAAGAAGGAGCGUAAGGAGCGUGUGAAAAAAACUUCUAAGACCAAAAAAGAUGCCAACAAACCUAAACGCGCCACAACAGCCUUUAUGUUGUGGCUAAAUGAAACUCGCGAGCAAAUCAAAAAAGAUAAUCCAGGCAUCAAGGUAACUGAGAUUGCAAAGAAGGCCGGUGAAAUGUGGAAGGAGAUGAAAGACAAAUCCAAAUGGGAGGAACUGGCUGCCAAGGAUAAGCAGCGCUAUCAAGACGAGAUGAAGGAUUACAAGCCCACAGCCAGCGAGGAGAGUGGCAGCAAGUCGGCAGGUGCAACGAAGAAACGAAAGAAGGAAUCGCCAACAAAGAAAUCACCAGCCAGUACAGGUGGUUUCAAAAGUAAAGAAUACAUUUCCGAUGAUGAAUCAUCUUCUGAUAAUGAAGAUAAGAAAGAUGAAUCGGGCGCGGCUGACUCAGAGCCAGAGAAGAAAAAGAGCAAAUCCGCCGAUAAAUCAGUUAAAGAUGAUAAGAAAAAGAAGAAAAAGGAGGACAGCGAUGAAGAAAGUGAGGCUUCUGCGAGUGGUGGUAGCGAUGAAGAGGACGACGAAGAAGUAGAAGCUACAGAUGAUGGCGAAGGCAGUGAUUAAGCGGUGCUUAGUCGGAAAUAUCGAUUCACAUGCAUACAAUUUUUUGGAACUGUUUUUCAUUUGUAUUUUAAGUGCUCAGUUUGCUAAUUACUUCAUUUACUAUGUACCAUGUAUGUAACAGUAACGCAGCUUAGUUGUUAACAAAAUCACACAAUAGAGAGAAGAUUAAUUCCGGAAAAUAUGCGAUACUACUCAAUAAGAAAUUUAUACCACAAUGCUGUUAUGAGGAAAUGGAUAAAUAUAUAAACAAUGGAAUGAGAAA